CAACGAAAAAGGCAUGGCCCCAUUUUGCUGAAAGAAAACAGACACAAGAUAAAUGCAUCCGGCCCCACACUUCGUAAAUCUCUCGCCAACCGCCAUCCUCACUUGUCAUAUGUACUCCUCUCACUUCACGUGGCCAACUUCACAACAUUAACAGACCUUUGUCUGUAAAUCUAAACAUUCAGAUUACAGAGAGAGAGAGAGAGCGAGAUUUGGCAGAGAGAUUGUACUAAGAAACACAAAACACUUCAUACUAUAGCAUACAGAGUACCUUCACACAUUAUACAUAGAAAUGGAGGAGGAUGGUGGAUGGGUUAUGGUGGGGAAGCCCACAGACAGAGAUGUGUGGAGUCCAAGCAGAAUGGUGGGUGUUGAAGCAGAGGAAGCUGCUAAGCCUUUGAAAAUUACAUCUUUUGAGCCGGCAAAACACUGGACUGAUGCUCUGCCUAUUGGGAAUGGGCGUUUAGGUGGGAUGAUAUGGGGUGGUGUGGCUUCAGACACUAUCAAUCUUAAUGAUGACACGCUUUGGACUGGGGAUCCUGGGAAUUACACAAACCCAGAUGCUCCAAAGGUAUUAUCGGAGGUCAGAAAACUUGUUGAUGAUGGCAAGUAUGCGGAGGCUACUAAGGCAGCAGUUAAUUUGUCGGGGAAUCCUUCUGAUGUAUACCAGCUUCUGGGAGAUAUUAAGUUAGAGUUUGAUGAGUCUCAUGCAGCGUAUGAUGAAAAAACCUAUGUGAGAGAACUGGACUUGGAUACUGCCAUAGUAACAGUAAAGUAUACUGCAGGCGGAAUAGAAUAUAGUAGGGAACAAUUUUCGUCAAGUCCAGAUCAAGUAAUAGUGACUAAUAUUUCUGGAAGCAAACCUGGGUCGUUAUCGUUCAUGGUAUAUCUUGACAGCAAAUUACAUCAUGGAUCACGUGUAAAUGGACAAAAUCAGAUUAUCAUGGAAGGAAGCUGUCGGGGUAAAAGAAUAGCACCAAAGUCCUUUGAGAAUGAGGACCCCAUGGGUGUUCAGUUUUCCGCAGUUCUUGAUCUUAAAAUUAGUGAUGGAACUGGUAAGAUACAUGUCGUAGAUGACAAGAAGCUUAAGAUCGAGGGUGCUGACUGGGCUGUUAUCCUCCUGGCUGCAUCUUCUUCAUUUGAUGGGCCAUUCACUAAGGCCUCUGAAUCCAAAAAGAACCCUACAUCAGAUUCUCUCAAAGUUAUAGAUUUAAUAAAGAAAUUCUCCUAUGCUGAGCUUUCUGCACGCCACUUGGACGACUAUCAAAAGUUAUUUCACCGUGUCUCUCUGCAGCUUUCGAAAAGUACAAAAAAUGUUGCAAGCGAUGAGUGCUCUAAUACUCGUAAGCAUCUGAAAGCUACUGAUGAGAAAGUGUCAACUGCUCAAAGGGUGAAAUCCUUUAAGAUAGAUGAAGAUCCCUCCUUUGUGGAGCUUUUGUUCCAAUACGGUCGAUAUCUUCUAAUAUCUUGUUCCAGACCUGGAACACAGGCAUCAAACCUGCAGGGGAUCUGGAACAAAGAUGUUGAGCCAGCAUGGGAUGGUGCUCCACACACAAAUAUCAAUCUUCAAAUGAACUACUGGCCUGCACUCCCCUGCAACCUUAAGGAGUGCCAAGAGCCUUUGUUUGAUUACAUUUCCUCCCUGGCAGUCAAUGGCAGUAAAACUGCAAAAGUCAACUAUGAAGCAAGCGGUUGGGUUGUCCAUCAGGUAUCUGAUAUUUGGGCAAAAACAUCUCCUGAUCGAGGCGAGGCUGUGUGGGCUUUGUGGCCCAUGGGUGGGGCUUGGCUUUGUACCCAUCUGUGGGAACAUUUUACUUACACAAUGGACAAAGAUUUUCUGAAAAAUAAAGCAUAUCCCUUAAUGGAAGGAUGUGCUUCAUUCCUUUUGGACUGGUUAAUUGAAGGCCGUGGAGGAUAUCUAGAAACGAAUCCAUCAACUUCUCCAGAACAUAUGUUUGUUGCUCCUGAUGGUCAGCCGGCUAGCGUGAGCUACUCAACAACCAUGGAUAUGUCAAUUAUAAGAGAAGUAUUUUCUGCUGUCAUUUCUGCCUCUGAGGUGUUGGGAAAAAGUCAAGAUGAUCUGGUUAAAAAUGUUCUUAAAGCUCAGUCGCGUCUUUAUCCGACAAAAAUUGCUAGGGAUGGGUCAAUCAUGGAAUGGGCACAAGAUUUUGAAGAUCCAGAGGUGCAUCAUAGACAUGUGUCACACCUAUUUGGUCUUUUCCCGGGGCAUACAAUAACUUUGGAGAAAACUCCUGAUCUUUGUAAAGCUGUGGAUUAUACUCUGUAUAAACGAGGGGAGGACGGGCCAGGAUGGUCGACUACAUGGAAAGCUGCUCUCUGGGCACGUCUUCACAGCAGUGAGCAUGCAUAUAGAAUGGUAAAGCAUUUGGUUGACUUGGUAGAUCCUGAUCAUGAAGCCGAUUUUGAGGGAGGACUUUACAGUAACCUGUUCACUGCACACCCUCCUUUCCAGAUCGACGCCAACUUUGGUUUUUGUGCAGCAAUAGCCGAGAUGCUUGUCCAGAGCACUACAAAAGACUUGUACUUACUUCCUGCUCUACCGCGUGACAAGUGGCCAAAUGGUUGUGUCAAAGGCUUGAAGGCAAGAGGUGGUGUAACAGUCGGCAUUUGCUGGACCGAAGGAGAUCUUCAUGAAGUUGGUUUGUGGUCUAAUAAUUCUAACUCAGUUUCCACCAUUAGAUUACAUUACAGAGGAAACACAGUCACCACAAAAGUCACAUCUGGAAGAGUAUACACAUUCAACAAGAAGUUGAAGUGCACAAGUGCAUGUUUUCUAUAAGAUUCUGAGACUUGUAACCUGAGGCCAUUGUGAUUUUUGAAGAGGAUUAUUCAUAAUUUUUGAACGAGGCUAAUGGAUUUAUUCUUAAAUUAUGUUAGCUUAAUGAUUCAAAUUGUUAUCACAUAUUUUAGGCAAUAAUAUAAUACAUAAGUUAAUUAUUUUUUA